GUUAAACCCUGCUUGUUCCCUUUUGCUUCAAUCCGCGGGGCACGGCGGCUGCUUCUCGGCAAUAAUCAUCGCAUAUUUUCCAGUGAGCAACCAAUUAUGGGGAAGAAGAAACAGAAAUUAAUAUUGCCUCCAGAGCUACCUCCAGAAACUCCUGAUAAUGAAGUUGAAGUUUCUGAUGAAGACGUGGAAUUUGUCAAUCAGAAUGUGGAAUAUGCAGGUUUUGUAUCCAAGUUAGACACUCAAUCCAUCACUAGGCAUGUUAGCCGAGUGGCUGAUGCGAAUGACACAGACUUAGAAUCAUUAUAUGAGAAAAGGUUGAGAAAAAAAUUAGAAAAUAAAGAGAAGGAUCAGCUUGCUUUGGAGGUAGAUCCAGUUGAUGCUCUUCCUGUGAAAACAUUGGAUGGAAAACUUUAUUAUAGAAGAGUGUUAAAUGAGCCAAAAGAGGCUAAAGAUGAAUCAAAAGAAGAAGAAUAUGCAAGCAAGGAUCCUGCCUAUUUGAAGUUGACAAAAGCAGAAAAGCGUGAGAAGCAAAAGAAAUUGAGGAAAGAGGCAAAGAAUCAAUCAAAGGAAGAAGCACAUCAAGUCCCUCAAGCUGAAGUUCUGGUUGAGGUGGAAAAAGAACUGACAGCUGAAGAAGAAAAUGAGAGGAAGAAGUUUAGGCUCGCUGAGUUGGGCACCGAACUACUUGCUGAUCCAGAAUCAAAUAUUAAGCACAUAAAGGAGAUGCUGGAGAUAUCAAAGACUAGUGAUAGUGCGAUUUCUAUGCUUGCUCUAAAAUCCUUAUUAGCUGUUUUUAAAGACAUUAUCCCAGGCUAUCGGAUUAGACUGCCCACUGAGAAGGAACUAGAGAUGAAGGUUUCAAAAGAUGUUAAAAGGAUGCGAUUUUUUGAGUCCACCCUACUAUCUGCUUACAAGGCAUACAUUCAAAAGUUGAUAAUGCUGCAGAGAAAGACAUUAUUUAAGCGAGUAGCUGUACGCUGCUUGUGUACUUUGCUUGCAGCUGUGCCACACUUUAACUUUCGUGAGAGCUUGUUGUCUGCAGUUGUGAAAAACAUGAGCUCUCGAGAUGAUGUUGUUAGAUCUCUUUGCUGCUCGACCAUUAAGUCACUUUUCAUUGAUGAAGCGAAACAUGGUGGUGAGGCUACUGUGGAAGCUGUAACUAUGAUUGCAGAACUUGUAAAAGAGAAUAACUGCCUGCUACAUUCUGAUUCUGUUGAAGUUCUCUUGUCACUGUCAUUUGAUGAUGAUCUUAAGAAAGCGGAACAUUCAGGGAUGAAUGACAAAACUAAAACAAAAAAAUCCAAAAAGGAAAACAGCUUGGAAGAAUCAAAUCGUGUUAAUGAGCGGAAGAAGGUUAGGAAAGAAAUGAAGUCAAAGACGAGGCAGGAGGUAGAUGCAGAAUUAAAAGCUGCUUCAUUUGCUCAAGAUCCUCAAGAGCGAAGAAGGAUGCAGACAGAGACUCUGUCGGCUGUAUUUCAGAUAUUCUUCCGCAUCUUAAAGCAUGCCUUGAUGCCAAAAUCACAAGUGGGUCAUUUACCCGGUGCCUCUGGAAGCCAUCCCUUGCUUUCUCCAUGUUUGAUUGGAAUUGGGAAGUUUUCUCACCUACUUGACUUGGAUUUUAUGGCUGAUCUCAUGCAAAGCCUAAGAAAACUUGCUGGCAAUGGCAUGAAGUCAGGUGAAUCAUCCGAUAAUUAUUGCGAACUAACAGUAUCUGAACGGCUGCACUGCUGCAUUGUUGCUUUUAAAGUGAUGAGGAGCAAUCUAGAUGCUCUCAAUAUUGAUCUACAGGAGUUCUUCGUGCAGUUUUACAAUCUGCUACUAGAGUAUCGACCAGGAAGGGAUCAGGGAGAGCUUUUAGCCGAAGCUUUCAAGAUAAUGCUUUGUGAUGAUAGACAGCAUGAUAUGCAACGGGCUGCAGCCUUUGUAAAGCGCUUGGCAACAUUUUGUUUGUGUUUUGGAUCUGCAGAGUCCAUGGCUGCAUUGGUCACUGCCAAGCAUCUUCUUCAGAAGAACGUCAAGUGCCGAAACCUGUUAGAAAACGAUGCCGGAGGUGGAUCUGUUGCUGGCACCAUUGCCAAAUACCAACCUCAUGCAACGGACCCUAACCAAAGCGGCGUUCUAGCAUCGGUUCUUUGGGAGCUCAACCUUCUAACGAAACACUACCACCCUUCUGUUUCUUCAGUUGCCUCCAGCAUCUCGACCAUGGGGACUUCCAAUCAGAUUCAUCAUGCACAGGUCUACCCCCAGCAAGCCUACAACGAAUUAUCACAUGAAACCAUGUCUUUCACACAAUCUUUAGACAUAAAAAAGGCUACCAACAAGCGGAGUAGAAGAACUGACUCCCCGCCUGUUAAACCUGGAAUCGACCUCACUUCUACUGUUCAAAUAGAUGAUAGUGAGGUUAGAAGGAAACUCGGGGAGCACUUUCUUUUGCUACACGAUAUCAAAGAAAAUGAGCGGUUAAGGUCCGAGUUACAGCAAUUGACUUCAGCUGUAAACCUAUACGAACAAUACAAAAAGCAGAAGAAGGGGAAGAGGAAGACUAGGUAAAGUGGCCCAGAUACAUUUUUGUGGCCUCGGCAGUUUUGGUUUAUUCAGAAUUCGAUUAUUCGCCUAUUACAAUAUGAGUUGUUAUUAUGUUACAGGAGAAAGAUAACGAGCACAUGCAUUGUGGAAUUAUUUCGAAGAAAAAGACCUCGAGACAUCAUCGUUGCGGAAACGAGGUAUCAAUUUAGAAGAAAGCUUAUCUAUCUAUCUGUCUUUGUGUGUGUUUGUCUGCAUUUGCAUGUGCACCUCCCUCCGAAUGAAUGAUCUCUCGCACUCAAAAAUCAAAUCACAUUUAUUUAGAAUUUGAUUAGUAGUAUUUGUUUUGUCUGCUCUUAACAGCUAUGCAUAUCUCACAAUUCUUUGAUCUGCAUUCUUUAAACUGACAAGAAUUAUGGGAUCAUGGUUUUAAUUGAUUCAAGUUUAUUA